AUGGAGAGAUACCCUACGAAUGAUAUCAAUAUGAAUUCAAUUACCUAUGCUGAUGUGAAUGUGAACUUCACUCGGGAAGAAUGGGCCUUGCUGAAUCCUUCCCAGAAGUGUCUCUACAAAGAUGUGAUGAUAGAGACCUGCAAGCACCUUACAGCUAUAGAAAGAAAAGAAUACAUAUUAAUGAGAAACCCUAUGAAUGUUAACAGUGUGGUAAAGCCUUUUCCCAACCUAGUAGUCUCCAACUGCAUAAAAGAACACAUAGUGGAGAGAAACCCUACAAAUGUAAUCAGUGUGGGAAAGCCUUUUCACAACACAGAAAUCUCCAGAGGCAUAAAAGAACACAUACUGGAGAGAAACCCUACGAAUGUCUAUGCCAUUUUUGGUGCAAUGGGACAAAGCCCUCAGAGUGCAAAGGCCAUAGACGAAUUGAAUCAACAGAAAGGAGAGGCAAGAGUCCUUAUAAAAACAGGAGCACAAACGGGGUCUGAGCCUGUUGGAAGGGCGGUGCUGGACCCUUACCCGUUAUGGGAUCGGCCUCCUCUAGCGAAGGGGAUGAAAGUCACCAGGCUCCUCGGAGGAGGAUUUUGUUUUGACUUUAGCGGAAGAACUAGCAGGGGCGCUAGAGGAGUUGGGAGACUGGGGCCCCUGUUUGCUAUCACUUUCGCUAUUUUGCUCAUCGGAAGCCUCAUCAUCAAGGAUUCUAAUGCUAACAUGAUCAGGGCGAGUCGGCGUGGAUUGAGAAGGGCCAGAAAUACGGCUUGCCUGCGAGUUAGUAGUAACAGGAAAAGUCAUGCAGUCUUCUCCGGGCCAGAGGAGUGUGACCAAUCUAUUGAUGUCGCAGGCCUGCUCUUUUAUCGAGCUCUUUUAUCGUACUUCGGGCCCCACGUUGGGCCCCACAAGCAUAAAAGAACACAUACUGGAGAGAAACCCUACGAAUGUAAUCACUGUGGUAAAGCCUUUUCAGAAACCGGUACUCUCAAACUACAUAAAAGAACACAUAGUGGAGUGAAAUGCUAUAAAUGUAAUCAAUGUGGUAAAGCCUUUGCAUGUUGUAACAGUCUCCAAAUACAUAAAAGAACACAUACUGGAGAGAAACCCUACAAAUGUAAUCAGUGUGGUAAAGCCUUUUCAAAUAACAGGAAUCUCAAACUACAUAAAAGAACACAUAGUGGAGAGAACCCCUAAAAAUGUAAUCAAUGUGGUAAAGCCUUUUCACAAACCGGUAAUCUCAAAAAACAUAAAAGAACACAUAGUGGAGAGAAACCCUAUGAAUGUAAUCAGUGUGGGAAAGCCUUUUCACAACACGGAAAUCUCCAGAGGCAUAAAUUAACACAUACUGGAAAGAAACCCUAGGAAUGUAAUCACUGUGGGAAAGCCUUUUCACAACCCAGUAGUCUCCAAUUACAUAAAAGAACACAUACUGGGGAGAAACCCUACAAAUGUAAUCAGUGUGGUAAAGUCGUUUCACAACACGGACAUCUCCAAACGCAUAAAAGAAUACAUACUAGAGAAACCCCAUGAAUGUAAUCUAUGUGGUAAAGCCUUUGCACGUUGGUGAAACCUCUAGAGACAUGAAAGGAUUCAUACU